UCGAGUUUAUUUAAGUUUAGAAUAUUAGGUGUGAUUUUAUUUCUUUUCUGUUUGUAAGGCCUCCACACGGGGACAUCGAUCAUCGUGAAUGUUUUAUUUAUGUGCCAGGGAAAUGUUUUGCCAGGAACGUUGAUAGCGAGCUUGCCUGCCAGCCAUCCACGUUGCCUCGUCUCUAUUUAUGCAGGCCAGCACGAGGGGCUCAGGGCGUGCGUGUCUGGCCUCACAUUACUACGCUAUUUUCGUGACAAAUCAUUAAUGCAAAUUCUUCCUGUUUGCGUGCUAGCAGGCGGAGAAAAGAGUGAAUCCAUGGCUCACACUUCCUAUUACUGGCAACUUAGAUUCAUGGCAGACUCCGCUUUUCCAACGGCGCUGCUAAACUAAAUCCAUUUCUUUGUAUCUCCUCACUUCUACCCGGCAUUUCAGAAUGGUUUCAUUAUUUAAGAGUAUAUUCUAGAUUUCAAUUGUUUGUUUUAUCCUAGUUUUGUGUGGUUUUAUGUAGGGAAUGAGGUCUUUGUUUCUGAGUAAUGGCGGUAUUUAGCAUUUCUCCUCGUCCUGUUAUUGGCGGCUGGGUUGUGACGUCAGAGGACAUUGACGUGGGGUGUCCAUUGUUCAGCGUUCAUGCACUGAGUCCCUUGUAGGUCCUCCCGGUGGACGGGGCUGUGGCGCGGCGUGCUGUGUCGAUGAAAUUAGUGGCAUUACCAGGAGAGCCCCAUGGAGCCCGGUGGAUAAAGGCGGAGAGUGUAGAAAGCUGCCAGUGCGUGUGUGUGUGGCGUGUGUUUUAGUGUGCUGGCGUGUGUAUUAGUGUGCUGGCGUGGAGCAGCAGCAGGCUGGGGGAGAUGGCUGCCGUGCCUGCCCUGCUGCCCCCCUCGCUAUGAUAUGUGCUGCCACGGAGAGGGAGACGGCCUGUAGGAGCGUCGGUGUUGGCGGGGGCGGGGGUGGAGGAGGAGGAGGCGGCGGAGGGCUGCUGGCGUCAGGUCUGGGGCCGUACAGCACCAUGCCCUUGUCCCGAACUCGGUCCCUCCUCGCUAACAUCAACGGUGCAGGCUCCCCGGGCGACACCACCACCACCACCACCCCGCUCUCCAACGCCGCUGCCACCACCAACAGUACCACCACCAACACCUCCACGGACUACCUGGACGGCGGAGGUGGCGGUGGAGGGGGUGGUGUGAGCGUGAGCACCACCACCACCACCACACACCUGCCCCCCCUCAAGCAGGCCCUCACCAUGAAGACCACUGGUGGGGCGCCGGCCAUCAACCAGCUCUAUGAGUUUGACGAUAAUAACUCCAACACGGAGCACAAUGGCCAGACGAACUCCGUGUCUAGCCAAGUCAGCGGGGACCAGCAGACACAGCAGCCGGGCAGCCUCCCCGUGGUCAGGCCGCCCUCGGCUGACUCCACCAGCCUUAAAAACGGCUCCACCAGGCAACCAAAGACCUAUGUGGCCACCCCGGAGCAGGUGAUGAAGUACUAUAUGAAUAAACUUACGCCCUACGAGCACAAGGAAAUAUUUAACUACCCGCAGAUCUACUUCAUCGGCGCUAACGCCAAAAAGCGCCCCGGGAUCAUAGGCUCCGGCAAUCAGGCCAUCUCCUCGAACUACGGUUACGAUGACCACCAGGGCUCCUACGCCCAUAUACCCCACGACCACAUCCAGUACCGCUACGAAGUGCUCAAAAUAAUCGGGAAGGGUAGUUUCGGACAGGUGGUAAAGGCUUAUGACCACAAAAGCCACCUGCACGUAGCGUUAAAGAUUGUUCGUAACGAGAAGAGGUUUCACAGACAAGCCCAGGAGGAGAUCCGCAUCCUGGAGCACCUUAGGAAACAGGAUAAGGACAACACGAUGAAUAUCAUACACAUGUUCGAUCACUUCACCUUCCGUUCGCACACCUGUAUCACCUUCGAGCUGCUCUCCAUAAACCUGUACGAGCUCAUAAAGAAAAAUAAGUUCAUGGGCUUCAGUUUGCAGCUGGUGAGAAAGUUUGCACACAGCCUACUCUUGUGUUUGGAUGCGCUGUACAAAAACAAGAUCAUCCACUGUGACAUGAAGCCGGAAAAUGUUCUCCUCAAGCAGCAGGGAAGAAGUGGCAUAAAGGUCAUAGACUUCGGGUCCUCGUGCCUGGAGAACCAGCGGGUCUACACCUACAUCCAGAGCCGCUUCUACCGCGCGCCGGAGGUCAUCCUGGGCGCCAAGUACGGCAUGGCCAUCGACAUCUGGUCCUUGGGCUGCAUCCUCGCCGAGCUGCUCACCGGCUACCCGCUGCUGCCCGGCGAGGACGAGGCGGACCAGCUGGCGUGCAUCAUGGAGCUGCUGGGCAUGCCGCCCGCGCGCCUCAUCGAGCAGAGCAAGCGCGCCAAGAACUUCAUCACCAGCAAGGGCUACCCGCGGUACUGCGUGACGCGCACGCUGCCGGACGGCUCCACCAUCCUGCACGGCGGCCAGUCGCGGCGCGGCAAGCCCCGGGGGCCGCCGGGCUCCAAGGCGCUGCAGACGGCCCUCAAGGGCUGCAGCGACCCGCUCUUCCUGGACUUCAUCCAGCGGUGCCUGGACUGGGACCCCGCCACGCGCAUGACGCCCAGCCAGGCCCUGCGGCACGGCUGGCUGCGCCGCCGCCUGCCCAAGCCGCCCUCGGAGAAGAGCGACUCGCCCGCCUCCACGCUGCGCACGCCCUCCUCCUCCUCCUCCUCCCGCACGCCCUCCUCCGUGGCCGCCGCCGCCGCCAAGCUCAACACCAUCGCCACCUCGGCCACCAAGCUGCGCGCCACCAUCACGGACGAGGGCGGCGCCGCCACGGUGCACCCGCGCCACCACGCCACCAAGCUGCCGCAGAUCACCAACCCCGUCACCUGAGCCCCCCGACCCCAGCGCCGCCGCCGCCGCCCCGCCCCGCCGCUGCCGCCCCGCCGCCCACAGGGGGCGCCGCGCCACCCACAUAUCACCAGACCAAAGUGCAAUUGUGGCGGCGGCGGCCGCGAGCAGGGCGGGGCGGCGGGCGGUGGCGGGCGGCGGGGCGGCGUGUGAGGCGGGACGCUCGCCCACGCCGCCCCGCCCCGCCCCGCCCCGCCCAUACCUGCUAGUCGUGAGGCGCCGCCGCCCCCCCCUCCCAGCGGGCCGGGGCGCCCCGCCACCUUGAUAUUACAACUCCUCUCAUGAUCUCGCCGUGUUCACAAAGCCGCCGCGCCGAGGGGCAGACACUCAAUCAAAACAGCGGUGACACACACACACACACACACACACACACACACACACACACACACACGGGGCCACAACACCCUACACUCAUGUUAUACUUAGCAGCAGCAGCAGCAGCAGGGGCUGAGCCAGCCCAGGCGGGUCACACACACACACACACACACACACACACACACACACACACACACACACACACACACACACACACACCCUCACCACGCCCCCCCCCCACCACCACUGCCACCACCACCCCCAUCACUCCCCUCGGGUGUCUCGCCGGGCAGUGGUGGUGGUGGUGGUGCCGGUGCCCCGGUGGCUGCUGGCACUACUGGGGCACGGGGGUAUCUUGGCCCCGCGCCACCACCACCGCCACCUCUGCCAUGGUCACCACCACCACUUUCAUCACCAUGACCACCAUCACCAUAGUCAAUACAACCAUAGUCACCAACCAUGAGCUUAAUCCCCUACACACACACACACACACACACACACACACACACACACACACACCACCCCUUCACCACCUCCUGUAUCAGUCUCUACACCUCCUCGAGUGGCGGUGGUGGUGGUGGUGGGGUGGUCACUGAUAGCUGUGGUUGGGCUGCUGGCUGGCUGCUGUGUGCGUGUGCAUGUGUCUGGUGUGUGUGGUGUGUGGUGUCUGGUGUGUGGUGGCUGCCUGGUGUGUCUUGGCAUUUACAAGGAAGGACAUUAUUUUGUUUGGCGUAAACACUGCCUUGUUUGCUCAUCUGUAUGUCUGUCUGUUUGUGUUUACUACAACCACUACUUCUGCUACUGCUACUUAUUAUGUUUUGGUAUUCACGUGACACCGUAAACAAACACAAGACAAACAAGAACACACAUUUUAUUACUUUUAUCUUUACUGUUUUUAUUAUUCCUACUGGUGUCGUCAGUCUUCAGGGUGGAAGGACGCACGCAAUCAUACAAUAUUUUAAACUGUCUUCAAUAUUCAGGUCUUUUAUUGUAUUUAUCUUUUUUAUUUAAGUGAGUAAAUCCUCGUUUUUUUAAUUAUUACUGUAUGUACUUCAACCUCACUUUUAUAUGAGUCCGUUUGUGUGUCUGUUUCUUUGUCGGCGAAAUGGACAAAAAACUCAUGGUGGCUGUUCUUGCGCCUGCCAAAGCUACACACACACACACACACACACACACACACACACACACACACACACACACACACACACACACACACACACACACACACUGUAUCUACGGGUUACUCAGUCAUUAUGUGAAAGUAUUAACCAGUGGGGAGGAGGAGAGAGAGAGGAGAAGAAAGACAAAUGAAAAGAAAAUGAAGACAAGGAAUAGAAUGAAGAGGAAGAGGAGGAGGAGGAGGAAGGGAAUAGAAGAGGAAGAAGAGGAGGCAGACCACUCUAACCCCCUUCCUCUCCAUCACGAUCCAAGGCCAGGAAUACUCUAACUCCCCCCCUCACCCCCCCCUUCCCCCUUAACCCCCCCCCUCUCUGACAAGGCUUAGGGGAUACAUGACAUCCGCGUGACAUUGGCCGAGCAGCCGACUUGGACAUCCGGAAAAGCCGUCGCCCCCAAAAUAAUUGAAAUCGCAAAAAGGAAAUUGAUAAUACCCUGAAAAGUUGGCUGUGAAAAAAUAAAAGAAAAAGGGAAAGUGUGAAAAGUUAGCUCCAUUUUUUUUUUUUUUUCGUAUAUAAUUUUUUCAACACGUGUGAAAGUUACGGAGAAAAGAAAGUCGAGGAAAAUUCAAGAAGCUUUUCGAAAGUUCGCAAAAAAUGUGUUCCUUUUUUAUCACUGUCAUCAUCAUUAUUAUUUAUGUGUAGUGUGUGUGUGUGUGUGUGUGUGUGUGAAAGCCUAUUGUAAGUGACCUCUGUUUCUAUCGAUCUUUUUUUUAUCAACACAACAAGUUCUUCGCAGUGAUAUUUUUACUCUCUCAGAAGAUCUAUACUUUUACAUCUAUUUUUUUUAUGUGCAAUACUUCUUAGCGAGGCGGAGACACGACGCGAGAUUCUCCGUUAAGGGUUUUUUCUAGCAAUUUUUAAUCAUUUUCUUAGUGGCUCAAGACCGAUUACACACAUAAGCACUUGCAGUAUGUUGGAAAAGGAGGAAAAUAAAGGAAGAAGGAAGAUAAAGGAAAAUAAAUACACAUAAGCACUUACAGUAUGUCGGAGAAGGAGGAAGAUAAAAAGAGGAAAUAAACGAGAUGAAAAGAAAUGAAUUGGAACCCAGAAUGAAAGAAAGGUAAAGGAAAGAACAGAUAUAUAGGAAGAAGGAGAGUGGCACAAUCAUCACAAUCGUCACCACUAUCAACAACACCAUAUUUUGUCAUUUUCGGAGGUUCAUCGUCGCUCCUGCUGAGAAGGUUUAAAAUGGAUGAGGUAGAACACACACACACACACACACACACACACACACAC